AUGAAGAUCCACAAACGGAGACGGCAAAUCGAAAACCACCAGAACAACAAGGACUCUGUAUCAUCAAUGGAAUCGGAACCUUCCAAAACCACCAUCGACGAUCUCCCGGAGAGCAUCCUCGUCCACAUCCUUUCCUUCCUCCCAACCACCGCCGCCGUCGCCACCAAUUGGCGCAACCUCUGGCCUUCCGUUCCGAAACUCAAUUUCGACAUCGAAGAGUUCCAUUCUCAAAUCCCGGAGAAGUUCAACCGAGACGCUCGCCAACUGUCCUAUGUUGAUUCCUGGAUUCGGUACGUCGUCAAUUGUAAGGGAAAAGAGAUCGAACUCGAGUUUAAUACCUUUGGUUAUAGUCCCAAUUUUAGGGAGGGACGAGAUGGGGAGGAAGAAGAUGAAGAUGAACUUGAAGAUCUUGAUAUUGGACAUUAUGAUUUUCAUUUCUUUGAUCUGAUUAAUAGCUCUGUUAAGGUUUUAAGACUGAACGGUUGUAAUCUCUGUUUCCCUGGAAAUCGGUUGUCUUCUAUGAAGGUUAAUUCUCUCAGGGAAAUAUAUUUAGAGGACUUUUAUUCGUCAGAUGAAGAGAUUGAGAAUAUGAUGGCAUUAUGUGUUAAUGUUGAGAUCUUAUCCAUUGUGAAUGUUUGGGGUUUUCGCGAUUUGAAGAUCGCGUCUCCAAAACUCAAGCAUCUGAAGUUGUUUGGCUCUAAUGAGUUCAAAACUGAAAGAAAUUCAGUCGAGAUAUGCGCUCCAAGUCUGGAAUCUUUAAUCCUCCAUCUUACUUACGCCGGGAAGUAUACGCUGAAAGAUACGCCAUCUUUGGUUGAGGCUCAUCUGCAGUUCUCUGACAGAUCUUGGUGGGAGUUGGCGUGCUGGACUAAUGCAGUAAGCUGUUUGAGUGGUGUCACCCGUUUAACCGUUGAAAACAUGUGGAUGUGGCUUCUGAAUGAUAUAGAUGAUAUAAAGGAGCCACAAGGUUGGUGUCUUACCCGGCCAUUAAUGGAUGUAAGAUACCACGGAAAGCUUAAGCUUGCAGAGGAGGUUUUCUCCAAAACUUUUGCAUUUAACAGUCUCAAACAUUUAGAGCUAUUGACCGGAUACUCAAAGGAUGAAGUUCUUGGCCUGGAAACUGCACUUAAGAGCUGUCCACAGCUCGAAAGUCUCGCCCUUGUGUACCGGUUUGAGUCAAAUCAAGACGGAGGAUUGCGAACAAGUAAAAGGAUCCGGUCGAUCUUUUUCCAAAUACCUAGACUUAGGCUAGUCGAGAUGAAGAGGUUCAAGGGAACAAAAAAUGAGAAGUACGUAGCAAAGCUCUUGAAAAAGCAUGGAGUGGUCUUGGAAGAGAUUGUUGCAUUUCCUGCUAAAGUGGAUCGAACCUCGCCGCCUCCUAUUGUUCUUUGA